GCCUUAUUGAGGAAGCUCAACCUGUCAAACCGGGUGGCGGAAAUAGUAACACUGCUCAUUCUUAAGUCUGUGAGGAUGAAUAGCUUUUAAUGUGCAGGUGGUUGCCGACUGGACAGGUGCGGAGGGGCACGGCUUCAGAUGACAAGUACAGGUACGGUGUCGCAUUCCGGAACAGGUAAGAAGGCCACCAGCACAGCAACGGGACAAUCACAGCACCAACCAUGACGCGGAGAAACUUUUUCGGACUCUUUCGGAAACUGACACAUGGACCUAAGUACACCCUCGUCGAUAAUGAAGCGCAUAAUCACACGCAGAAUGAAGAGCUUGAGGAACUUAAAGUGUUGAAGAAUGAUGAUUCAGUUAUUGCAGUACCUAUGAAAGAAGCCAGUUUGAAAAGUAUAGAAGAACUAGCCAGUGAUUUACAGGUUGAUUUACAUGUGGGUCUUUCCCAUUCCUCUGUUCUUGAAAGGAGAAAAAAACAUGGCUGGAAUGAAUUUAUGGUGGAUAACAAUGAGCCAAUCUGGAAAAAAUACCUGAGUCAGUUCAAGAAUCCUCUCAUUCUCCUGCUGUUCUGUUCCGCUCUAAUCAGUAUCAUCACCAAGGAGUAUGAAGAUGCAAUCAGUAUAACACUGGCAAUCAUUAUUGUUGUAACAGUGGCCUUUCUUCAAGAGUACCGCUCUGAAAAGUCAUUAGAGGAACUGAACAAGUUGGUGCCUCCUGAAUGCAAUUGCAUACGUGAAAAUGAUAUGUCACAUAUGCUAGCUAGGGAGCUGGUGCCCGGAGACAUUGUGAACAUUUCUGUUGGUGACAGAGUCCCUGCUGACAUUCGACUAAUAGAGGCUGUUGAUUUGCUAAUUGAUGAAUCAAGCUUCACAGGAGAGGUUGAACCAUGCUCAAAAACAUGUAUUACCCUCUCACAAUAUGGAGAACAGACAUCCCCCUCCAACAUUGCAUUUAUGGGCACCUUGGUUCGUUAUGGAAAUGGAAAGGGUAUUGUAAUUGGAACUGGAGAACAGUCUCAAUUUGGAGAGGUAUUUAAAAUGAUGCAGAUGGAGGAGACUCCAAAGACCCCAUUGCAGAAAAGCAUGGACAAAUUGGGAAAACAGCUUUCCAUCUUCUCAUUUAUCAUUAUUGGCAUCAUUAUGUUGAUAGGCUGGCUUCAAGGGAAAGCUCUCCUUAAUAUGUUCACCAUUGGUGUAAGCCUAGCAGUUGCUGCUAUUCCAGAAGGUCUACCAAUUGUUGUCACUGUAACUUUGGCUCUGGGUGUGAUGAGAAUGGCAAAGAAGAGGGCUAUUGUCAAGAAACUUCCUAUUGUUGAAACACUAGGUUGCUGCAAUGUGAUUUGUUCUGACAAAACGGGCACAUUAACAGCCAAUGAGAUGACUGCUACACGACUGUUUACAGCUGAUGGUGUACAUGCUGAGGUGACAGGAGUGGGAUAUAAGAAGAAUGGUGCAGUUUUAAUCAUGCCGGGAGGGGAGGUGGCUAAAGGAUUCUCCAAUGUUUCACUUGGGAAACUAGCAGAGGCUGGCUGUGUCUGCAAUAAUGCUGUUGUUAAGGAUGGAGUUUUGAUGGGACAGCCAACUGAAGGAGCCCUAAUUACACUUGCAAUGAAGAUGGAUAUUGAUUCUGUUAAGGAUUGCUACGUCAGAAUUAAAGAGUUUCCUUUUAGCUCUGAACAGAAAUGGAUGGCAGUGAAAUGUACAAGCAAGAGUCAGGAAGCAGAUGAGAAGUAUUUUAUGAAAGGUGCUUUUGAAGGUGUGAUUGAAUAUUGCAGUGAUUAUAACAGCAGUGGACUACCUGUUCCCCUUACACCUCAGAUAAAGACUGUGUAUAUAAAUGAAGAGAAGAGGCUUGGCAGAUUGGGGCUGCGGGUCUUAGCACUAGCUUCUGGACCAGAAUUGGGAAGACUAUCUUUUCUUGGUCUCAUUGGCAUUAUUGACCCACCCAAAGAAGGUGUUAAAGAAGCCAUUGAAAUGCUGCAUCAGUCUGGAGUGUCAGUGAAAAUGAUCACAGGAGAUGCCAGAGAAACUGCAGUUGCAAUAGGAGAAAAUGUAGGUAUUUGUAAAACAAGUGCUGUAACAAUGUCUGGAGAAGAACUUGAGACGCUGGAAGAUGCUGAACUUAUCUCCAAGAUUACUAAGGUGUCUGUAUUCUACAGGACAAAUCCAAAGCACAAAUUGAAAAUUAUUAAGACCUUGCAAAAAAAUAAUGCCAUAGUGGGAAUGACAGGUGAUGGUGUCAAUGAUGCCAUUGCCUUGAAAUCUGCUGAUAUUGGAGUAGCAAUGGGCUGCACUGGAACAGACGUAAGCAAAGAGGCAGCAGACAUGAUUCUGGUGAAUGAUGAUUUCUCGACGAUACUGUCUGCCAUUGAAGAAGGGAAAGGAAUAUUCCACAACAUUAAAAACUUUGUCAGAUUCCAGCUUAGCACGAGUAUCGCUGCACUCAGUUUGAUUACACUGUCAACGGUGUUCAAUUUGCCAAACCCCCUGAAUGCCAUGCAGAUUUUGUGGAUCAAUAUUAUCAUGGAUGGGCCUCCUGCACAAAGUUUGGGUGUUGAGCCUGUUGCCCGUGACGCUAUUAAGCAAGGUCCUAGAAACAUUCAAGACACUAUUCUCAGCAAAAAAUUGAUUUUGAAGAUACUCAUCUCUGCUGUCAUCAUCAUCGGAGGAACUCUCUUUAUCUUCUGGACUGAAAUUCCAGAAGAUGGCAAGGUCACACCAAGAACAACCACAAUGACUUUUACGUGUUUUGUCUUCUUUGAUAUGUUCAAUGCGUUGACCUGCCGCUCCCAGACACAGCCCAUCUAUGAAAUAGGGUUCUUCCGGAAUCACUUCUUCCUUUAUGCAGUGAUUGGAUCCAUUUUGGGACAGAUGGCUGUGAUUUAUAUACCACCAUUGCAAAAAAUCUUCCAAACAGAAAGUCUUAAGCCCCUAGAUCUGUUGGUGUUAACCGGAUUGGCCUCCACCGUGUUUGUCAUAUCAGAGCUGAUUAAAAUAUUAGAGAGAUUUGUACUGUUCUGCAAACACAAAAACCUCAGAAUAACCACUGAGCAAGUGUGAUGGAUUAAAAUAUUAUUCAUUCCAUUUACUUAGAACUGAAAAGCACACCUGCUGGAUAAUCAUGAAAACAAAUGUGAAAAGACUGGAGUUGUUCUCUAUACCUGCUGCCCAUGCAUGACAGUCUGCAUCUCUCUUCCACACCUUUCCAAGAAAAAGAAAAUGGUGCAUUUGCUUUUAAUAAAUGACACACGUGAAGAAUCAAGAAAGUAAUAAGACAAGAUAAAAAGAAUGCAGAAGUUGAAACAAACAAACAAAGAAAAUCGAUCCUUUUGGGCCUGCUUUCCAGGCUAAAGUUCUGUCUGGCGCGAUGUUGUCCCCACUUCCAUUCACAUUCUGCUACCAAAUCAAGAGAUUCACCCUGUCUCUAUCUUGUAUCUUCAUCCUCCUUGUCAGCGCUUCACACACCUCGCUUCUCAUCUCUGAACUCAGUCAGCUUUAACUCCCGUUCAUGGGGAAGAAGUGGAUCUGCAAAGUUUAUUGGGCAACCAAAUAGUGUGCCUCUUGGCAGGCCCUAAGGUUUGAAGUGCCAUUAAAGGCCUAAGCCUAGGAAGCAGCUACUGGACUGACGACUUUCUGUCUUGGAAAACAAAAUGGCAAAUUUCCUGAUAUUGUGAUGCCAUCUUCUAUCCUGGAGGCAGUUAUACAGCGAGGUAUUCAUACCAUAUGCUGUUCUUCGAGUAUUCUUGAAGGAGUACUAUAGGCUACCACCUCUACCACAAUGUACCUCUCGCAUGGGUACUCGCAGAUUAUCUUAUAUAGCACUCUCUAUGAAACCUGGUCCUAAAACUACAUGUUUGGCCUUACCAUCCCAAAACACUAGCAUAUAUUAGUAUUGUACUCUCAGUGUCAGUUGUUCCAUGUAUUUGGGCCUUGAAAGACACCAUCCCCAUACUGUUGUAUCUUUGCCGUAUAUAACAGUAUAAUGCAAAAAGCACAAAGCUUUCUAUUAUUUCUUUUUUAUACAUUUACCUUCAAAAUGAGGAGGGGUCAGACUGUACACAUUUAUGCUUUAAAGGAACACUCUACCAAAAAAUUAUUUUUUUAUGUUACUUUUAUAGUGAUAUCCAUGUUAUCAAGCAGAAUGGAAAGAAAACACUUUAUGAUAAAAUAGACGGCAACAGUGACCAGUGUUGUACAUUGGAAAAUAAUGUGAAAAACAUUCAUGGAAAGAAAAGAAAAAGUCUCAUGUAAGUUGUUUCACAUAAUUCAUGUCAGAUAUAUACAGUUGUCUUCUCAAAACAUAUAAAAUGAAUGCUUUUGUGCUAAAAUAUUGUUAUAUAGUUACUUCCAGAACUAGCACUCACUAUAAACAUUAAACUAAAUGUUGACGGGAUUGACUUUUAAAACUGAAGACAAGACUCUUAACCAAUGAAUAAGGCGAUGAGGCAGGUCUUCAGUUCAAAACGUCAAUCCUAUGAGCCUUUAGUUUCUGAUGUGUGCUGGCUACUCCAGAUCUACUCAACAGUAUUUUAGGAUGAAAGCAUAUUUUUUGCAAGAUUUGAGAUUGCGACUGGAUAACUGACAUGAAGAUUAUGCAACAUGAGCAAUAUAAAUUUUUCAUAUCGUUUUCCAUUGUACCAUUAUUUCAUAUUGUUGUUCCACUUGUCACUGUUAGCUUCUAUUAUGUCAUAAACAUUUCUCUGUCCAUUCUGCAUGAGAUUAAACAUUUUUCUCAGCCCCCACUACAAACUACAUAGGGUAUGAAACAUAUAAAAAUAUAUAUAAUUUUUAGGUGUCUUAUUCCUGUAAACUUGCUUUUUUGUUUUUCAGGGCGUUCCAAUUUUACAUUAUCUUAGUUGUAAUUUAAAUGCUAACAUACUGACAUUCAUUCUUAUAUACAAAUAAGUUACAUAUUUAUACUGUAUUUACAAUAUGGUUGUACACUCUUGUAAAUGGGCCAAAGUAACAAAUUUGUAUCCUUUCUGGGUGAGUUUCUUUCCAGCGGGCUGGAGAAAAUAAUUAUUACUUAAUGAGAAAGCUUCAAAUCAAUCAUGUAGAAUUAUUUUAAUAAGGUGAAGUUAUAUGAUCACAUACCUGUUCAUGCUUUCAAGAAUGUUGAUAGUUCUAAAGAGUAUUUAGCACUUUAUUUUUGAAUGUAACACUUCCAUAAUAAAACAGUUAACAUAUUUAUAAAGAUAUCCAAAGACCAAAAGAUACAAAUUACCUGUGAUUGUCAAACCCGAAACAACCUGCAAUGACAGCAUGCAGAAUUCCUAACUUCAAAUUUAACCAUCAAAACAUUUAAAAGAAUGUAUGCUUGAAUUUCCCACGCUAGAAACUAUUCACACAUCUCGGUCAAUCCCUGGUUACUUUAUUGUGGUUUAAGGAAUCUGAACUCCAUGCCAGAUUAAACUUUUUUUGCAUCACAGAGGUAAAUUUAAAACUGAUAAAAGAGCAGGCUGCUGUAUUUUUCUCUUGCUCUCAAAAACCUCUACUAUUCAAUGUGUCCAGACUAAAUAGCUCUAAAAACAAACUGUAUACAAUUGUUCAGUAAUUAUAACACUACAUACAAUUUGGCAGAAACAAGGUACAUUGAAAUUAUAAAUAGUAUUAUAUUGCAGCACUCCCUUUGUACAGAAACAAAUAUUUUGUGAUUUUUUUUUUAUAUAAAUGUCCAUCCGUUCACUCAGGGCUGUGAAGGACCAAAGUGCACUGGCAGCAUCAAGCACCAGACUUGAACCUCCCCCAGUCCAUCAUAGGACACACAGUCAUUUAUACAGGGACAUCUGAAACGUCACCUGUGCAGAUAAUGUGGUAGGAAGACCGGAUUAUCCUGACAAAAGCCCUCACGGACACAGGGAGAACGUGCAAACUGCACCGGUGUCUGGCUCUGGGUUUCAUAUAAGGCGUUUUGUAUUUUUGCAUCAUUAUACUUUGCUGGUUUUCUUCAAAAUUAUGGCUAAAAUAAUAAAAGGGAUCACAUUUACAGAUUAGCAAUUGUGGCUCCAAUGCGCUGUCAAACAAUACAUAAAUCUACUAUAAUAAUUUUUCUAAACUUAAAAAACAAUGGUCAAUGAUAUACAUGAAAAUAUAGCAAACAUCCAUAAAAAUUGCUAGACAGACUAAACAUUCAGUCAUGCAACAUUUUAAUUUUAUGAAAUACAAGUUCAAUCAUGAAAAUGUGCUUCCUAAAGUUAAGCUUCAUAUUUGUAUGAAUGGUUUAUAAUAUACAACAUAUCAUUUAAAGUCAUAUAUGUAAGGACUGAAAAACAGGCUCAGUGAUAACGAUAAAUCCUGCAUGUCUCUGCCUUUCAUGAUGAAGUGGCCAACUGAAGUUGUAGCAAGUGGAAGAAUAUUAAUGGCAGGGAAGCUAUUUGCAGAAAUGAACAAUGUGGAGAAAAACUACAGAAAAUGUUAUCUCAUAUGUGAAGGAAAAAAAAAACAUCAGAAAGUUUUUUUGGUAUUUUUAAAAAUAAAUAUUUUAUAGAAAGGUUGCACUUUUUGUAAAUGUAGUCAUUCUUACACCAAAUACAUUGUUGUUUAUUUUUAACAAGCAACAAAUCUGUUGCAUUGCUCAGAGUGGCUCUUUUUAUUCCAAGAGGUGCUGUUUGUAGUUCACAAAUGUACAAAUUAGUCCCAUAUUGGGACAGAAAAUAAAAUUUAAACUCAUG